AUGGCAUUGUGGGACGAAUGGGGAGUGAGGCAACCUUGCACAGUUCUACAGUUGGAAAACGUUCAAGUCGUGCAAAUUAAAGAGAACGCUAAAUUCGUUAAGCCAGAUUUAGUGUCCGUUCAGAUUGGUUGCACGGAUAAAGAAAAAAAUGUGCCGAGGCCCCAGUUAGGUCAUUUCAAAUCUGCUGGUGUGUCUCCGAAAUGGAAACUGAUCGAGUUUCACGUGACUCAAGACGCUGUUCUGCCUGUUGGCAGAGUCUUCAAAGGUAAAAAGAUGGCGGGCAGAAUGGGUGGAAAUAAUUGUACGGCGAUCAACGCAAGGGUCCUGAAAAUAGAUAAUGCCCUGAAUUUGAUAUAUGUCAAAGGGCCGGUUCCAGGGCACGAUGGUCAAUUUGUUAGGAUCAGGGAUUCCGUGAAUAAAAAAGGUGCCAAGUGUUUUCCACCAGAUUGUAUUCCACCACCUUUUCCCACCGUUGAUCCACAAGUAGAAAAUGUUAUGCCUAGAGAAUUGGUGGCUAAAACUGGUGGCAUUGAUCCCUUUGCUCUGAAAGAGUCAUGA